CUUUUGAUGCAGCGUGCGCGCAGAUGCCGGCAGUCGCACAGGUAACGUUGCGGCAGAUAGUCGAGUCAAUGGUACGCCCACCACCGCUAUCGGACGCUUUCUCGAACGCAUUUACGAUAAUUUUACGAGAUUAAUCCAAAUUUUAUUUAUGAAUUUAUUAGUGCACCGUGAAGAAAGUGAUUAUAAACUGAUGUGUUAAAUGAUACGGCUAUAAUAACCAUGUCCGGUUGAACAUUUUGUUUUAUUGUGUUAUUCAAAAAAGUCGGUCCAAAUGAAGAUGACUGUAAAUCGUAUAAGGGUAGUCGUGCUUGGGAGCCCUCGGAGUGGGAAAUCGGCGGUGGUUGUGCGUUACCUUACAAAACGCUAUAUUGGCGAAUAUAGCUCGACUGGAGAUUUCCUCUACCAACAUAGAGUGGCGUUCGAUGGUGCAGUAUCGGAAGUAGAAAUAUUGGAUACUUCAAAUUGCGCAAUACGCGGCUGUCUAGGUGAUCAUGUGCGAUGGGGUGACGCGUUCGCGGUGGUGUAUUCGGUGUGUGAACGUCGCUCUUUCCUGGCGGCUGCUGAGCUCCUCUCACUCCUCGAGCGGACUCGGUUGCCAAGUUGUGCAGCCAUCACUCUCUUGGGCAACAAACGUGACCUCGAACACGCCAGGGAGGUCCACGCAGAGGAGGGUCAAGAGUUGUCGCUGCGGUUCGGCUGUCAGUUCUAUGAGGUAUCAGCUGCGGAAUCGUGCGCGGGCGCCGCGCUUGCAUUCCACGCGCUGCUACGAGAGGCGCGUGCUCUCGCAUUGUUAUUGCCCGCGCCUCGUCGCAAGCUAGCCGCCUACUCCGUUUCGAAGGUCAUUGGUACGAUAUUCGGCAAAAACAGCAAAAGCGUUCGAAAGAAACGACCAUCGCUUAGCAUUUAAGGUUUAUUUAUUGUAUAAUUAAUUUAAAUUGAUAGACUGCUAUAUGAUAUAUAAAAUUAAGUAAGAUAAGUCUGUAUAUAUAUACUUAGAAUUAGAUAAAUUGUAAAUAUAUUGAAAGAUGUUCAAGGGAUUUGUUUAAAAAUGAACGGUAGGUAUUAGCUUAAGAGUGUUCUUUGUUUUAAAUAUAAAUAAUAAAUAAAACUUUCAGUAUUAAAUAAAUUACAAAACGUCAAACUAUGUUAUAAAAUUUUCUGCGUUCGAAUGAAUGAAAUGAAUGUUUAUAAUUCAAAACGUUUCAAUAACGGUCUUACUUAUAAAUAACUAUUUUCCGCCCGUGGCUUCGCCUGCACGUGACCGGAGAAGCAGGUUUUAGAUAUAAAAAGUAACUUUCGUACUAUUUCAGACAAAAUCUUUUGUGAAAUUUCACUAAUAUUCGUUCAUCCGUUCUAGCGUGAGAAACAAACAUGCAUCCAUCCGAAAUUUCGCAUUUAUAAUAUUAAUAAAAUAUAAUAUUUUUAGUAAAUUGUUAGUUGAACAUUGAUUUUCUCAUUCUGUCAUCGUUGAUUUGACAUUCGAAAGAAGAAGACAAAGCAUCGUUAACUAAUUACCCCUUAAACAACAUUUAUAAGUAAUUCCGUAAAUAUUAAAUGCAUUGAAGUAUGUAACAUAAGUGUAAAUAAUAAUAACAUUGUCUGUAAAUAUAACGGUGUAUUUCAUAUGAAGCCUCGCAUUCAAGUUGUUAAGAUUAUGUAUUAAUCUCUGAUAAUAACUACUAUCUUGUAAAUAUUAAUUUUAUGA